ACGGUGGACAGCUCCAAGGCGCGCACCUCGCUGGAGGCGCUCAAGCUCAGCCUGCGCGAACUGCGCUGGAAGGAGUUUCCGUUUGGUCGCCGUUUGCCCUGCGACAUCUAUUGGCAUGCUGUCUCCUUUCACGACAAUGUCAUUUAUUCGGGACAAGUCAACAAAUUUCCAGGCAUGACCGAAAUGGCACGGAAGGUUAACCUGAGUCGUGCCAUGAGGACGAUGCAGGAGCUUUUUCCCGAAGAGUAUAACUUCUAUCCCCGUUCCUGGAUCCUCCCGGAGGAAUUCGCCAUUUUUCUCACCGAGGUAAACCUGAUGAAGGAGAACAACCCCAGGUGGAAACCCACCUUCAUUGUGAAGCCCGACGGGGGCUGCCAGGGAGACGGAAUCUACCUGGUGAAGGAUCCCACGGAGAUCCGGCUGAUGGGCAACCUUCAGAGCAGGCCGGCCGUGGUCCAGGAGUACAUGGCCAAGCCCUUCUUGAUCGACAAGCUGAAGUUUGACAUCCGCCUGUACGUCCUGCUCAGAUCCCUGGAUCCCCUGGAGGUCCACGUGGCCAAGGAUGGACUCUGCCGCUUUUGCACGGAGCCCUACCAGGAGCCGGCCCUGAAGAACCUCCACCAGGUCUACAUGCACUUGACCAACUACUCCCUCAACAUCCACAGCGGGAACUUUGUCCACUCGGACAGUGGCAACACCGGCAGCAAACGGACGUUUUCCAGCGUUCUGGGCAAGCUGGCUUGCGGUGGCGUCGACAUCCGGAAGGUCUGGUCCGAUAUCAUCUCCUUGGUCAUCAAGACGGUGAUCGCCAUCGUGCCCGAUCUGAAGGUCUUUCACCAGUCCGAUAUCCCCGCAGGGAAACCGGGGCCUUCCUGCUUCCAAAUUUUAGGAUUUGACAUCCUGCUGAUGAAGAACCUGAAGCCCAUUUUGCUGGAAGUCAAUGCCAACCCAAGUAUGAAGAUCGAACAUGAACAAGAGGUUUCUCCGGGAGUCACGCAUAACAUCCCCAGUCCAGUCGAUGAAGAAGUCAAGGUGGCCGUUAUCCGUGACACCCUCCGAUUGGUGGAUCCCCACAGGGAGAAGAAGAAGCAGAAGCAUCAUGAGCAGCCGGCCGAGCCGCCUCCAGCUGAACCGGUGGAACUGGCAGCCCAGGACAAGGAAAGCUUCUUCGAGGAGGAGCUGGAGAACAAGCCAGAGUUGGGGGAGAGCCCCCCGCCAGAAGCCGAGCUCCCCGCCAUCUGCUUGAAGGAAGUCUUCCCCAAGUACGCCAAGCAGUUCAGCUACCUGCGGCUGGUGGAGAGGAUUGCCGCCCUCUUCAUCCGCUUCCUGGGAGUGAAGGGGACCACCAAGCUGGGCCCCACCGGAUUCCGGAUGUUUAUAAGGAACAGCAAGAUCAGCAACAGUGGCUUCAGCAUGGCCGCGGGCGACAUUCUGUACAUCGACAUCACUCGCCGGGGGAUCGGGCCCAGCGUGGACCAGCGGGAGGCUGGGAUGAGCCUCCAAGCCUUCGUGGAGGCCAUUUGCUUCCUGGCCCAGAGGAGGUACAAGUCCCUCUCGCUCCACGAACAGGUGGAGCUUCUCCUGGACUUCUGCGAGUACAACCUGGCCGUCUUGGACGAGAAGCGCCUGGCCUGCAGCCGGAGCCUCUCCGGCACACAGGCCACCCUGGUCACCUGCCCGCAAGGCCGGCUGCAGCUCAGCCCCGCUAGGCCCAGUGAUGCGGCCGCCUUCCAGAGGAGCCAGAAGUUCGUGGACUGCAGGAGCUUCCAGCCCUGAAGAGGGCAGGUUUUGUUGGGCAUGAAGGCUCUCCCAAGCCUGAUGCCCAGCCUGUGCUGCCAGAGGGGGAGCCGUGCCCAGCCCUCCCCCGUCAGAGACAUUAGGGUUUUUUUUUGUGCCAGGGGAGAGGAGGCCGUGUGGCUUGACCGAUGCUCCUCGGCCAAACGCCUUCUGGGCACGGCCUGUUGGCGCAUCACAUCGUCAAAGCAGAGGGCUGAGGGGCUCCUGGAUCAAAACAGGCCUUCUCCAGCCAUCGGGGAGCCUCCUUGCCCAAGGGAGCCCAGUCUCCGUGGGCUGGGGAGGGGGUAGGAAGUUUGGCGGGAGGGGGGAAGGAGAAGUCGGGAGAUGGGUGAUGCACAGAGAGGUAGAAAGGACGAAGAGUGAAACGUUUGGUGAACUAAAAUCCUAUUU